ACGGCUUGGUGAGUGUUGAACCUCUCUUGCGCUGGGAUGCACUGCCUCUCGACGCGCCCCUCCCUCUCAGCCAAUAACAUCUAAAGUCCUUUCACUUCACGACUCACUCAAACCCGACUUGGACCCCUUUCCAGGCAGACUCGGAACCUCCCAACGGGACAGUUUCGCUCUCUCUCGCUGUCUCUCUCUGUGUCUCACUUUACCAAACCCGAGACUUCUUGGACAGCGUCCCCAGACCCGGCUCCAAGGCGCUGGUUUAUAGAUCCAGCUGUUAUUUGAUUUAUGUAAUUAAGCAGCUUGGACUGACCCUUACACUUCUGCAGGGGCUAUGCCGGCAGGUUUUCAACCAAUCGGAGGCGAGCGGGUGACUGGGACGCUGGUUCUGUGUGUUUUCUCAGCGGUUUUGGGGUCCCUGCAGUUUGGGUAUAACAUUGGAGUCAUCAAUGCACCCCAGAAGAUUAUCGAGCAGAGCUACAAUGCCACGUGGCUGCACCGCCACGGCACCCCCAUUCCCCCCGCCACCCUCACCACGCUGUGGUCCCUCUCUGUGGCCAUCUUCUCCAUCGGGGGCAUGCUGUCUUCCUUCAGCGUGGGCGUGGUCUCAGAGUGGCUCGGCAGGAAGAAAGCCAUGUUGAUAAAUAACCUCUUGGCUUUCAUUGGUGGCGCACUGAUGGGCAUGUCCAAGCUGGGCCAAUCAUACGAGAUGAUGAUCCUGGGACGCUUUUUCAUUGGCGCAUACUCAGGUCUGGCCUCUGGCUUGGUGCCGAUGUAUGUAGGGGAGAUUUCUCCGACCACUUUGAGAGGGGCGCUGGGAACGCUGCACCAGUUAGCCCUUGUGACGGGGAUUCUGGUAGCGCAGAUCUUCGGGCUGCAGGAGAUUCUGGGUACAGAGGAGCUGUGGCCGGUUCUCGUCGGGCUGACAGUUCUGCCCACCGUCCUGCAGAUGGCGCUGCUUCCGUUCUGCCCCGAGAGCCCGCGCUAUCUGUACAUCAUCCGCGGGGAGGAGCAGCACGCCAAGAGAUGUCUGAAGAGGCUGACCGGCAGGCAGGAUGUCAGCGAGUUCCUGUUGGAGAUGAAGGAAGAGAAGAGGAGGAUGGAGAUGGAGCGCAAGGUGUCCGUCACUGAGCUCUUCCGCUCCCCCGCCUACAGGCAGCCUGUGAUCAUUGCCGUGGUGCUGCAGCUCUCCCAGCAGCUCUCCGGGGUCAACGCUAUUUUUUACUACUCUACCAGUAUCUUUGAGAAGGCAGGGGUGGAGAGUCCGGUCUACGCUACAAUCGGAGCAGGGGCUGUCAAUACAGCGUUCACCGUGGUGUCGCUGUUCCUGGUGGAGAGGACGGGCCGGCGGACGCUACACAUGCUGGGAUUGGCUGGAAUGGCCACCUGUGCCGUCGUCAUGACCGUCGCCCUCGUCCUAUUGGAGCGGGUCCCAUGGAUGAGCUACGUUAGCAUGCUGGCGAUCUUCGGCUUCGUGGCUUUCUUCGAGGUGGGCCCCGGCCCGAUCCCGUGGUUCAUCGUGGCGGAGCUGUUCAGCCAGGGCCCCAGACCAGCGGCCAUGUCCGUCGCCGGCCUUUCCAACUGGACUGCAAACUUCGUCAUCGGCAUGGGCUUCCAGUACAUCGCAGAGGUGUGCGGUCCUUAUGUCUUCCUCAUCUUCGCCGCUCUGCUCCUCCUCUUCCUCACCUUCACCUACUUCAAGGUUCCGGAGACGCGCGGCAAAACCUUCGACCAGAUCUCGUCGGGAUUCCGUUGCCGGCCAGCCUCCCUCCUGGACAUGGAGGAGAAACCCAGCACUGAGAUGGAGUGCCUGGGAGAGGGGAGCCUGUCAUAGAGACACACUGCCUCCCUCCCUCCCUCUCUCUACUCCCCCAGUUCUGAGAUGGAGUGCCUGGGAGAGGGGAGAGGGGAGCCUGUCAUAGAGACACACCGCCUCCCUCCCUCCGUACCUCUCUCUACUCCCCCAGCUCUGAGAUGGAGUGCCUGGGAGAGGGGAGCCUGUCAUAGAGACACACCUCCUCCCUCCCUCCGUUCUUCUCUCUACUCCCCCAGCUCUGAGAUGGAGUGCCUGGGAGAGGGGAGCCUGUCAUAGAGACACACCGCCUCCCUCCCUCUCUGUACUCCCCCAGCUCUGAGAUGGAGUCACAGGGAGAGGGGAGCCUGUCAUAGAGACACACCGCCUCCCUCCCUCUCUGUACUCCCCCAGCUCUGAGAUGGAGUCACAGGGAGAGGGGAGCCUGUCAUAGAGACACACCGCCUCCCUCCCUCUCUGUACUCCCCCAGCUCUGAGAUGGAGUCACAGGGAGAGGGGAGAGGGGAGCCUGUCAUAGAGACACACCGCCUCCCUCCCUCUCUGUACUCCCCCAGCUCUGAGAUGGAGUCACAGGGAGAGGGGAGCCUGUCAUAGCGGCUGAGAGACACCGCCUCCCCUCCCCUCCCCUCUGCAGCUUCUCAACUCACCUAAAUUAAAAGAAAACACAGUAUUUGAAAAUAAAAAUGGAUUUCCUGACAUUUCUGUGAGUCAUAGAGAUGGUGGGUGGUUUUGGAAGCAAGAGAGAGAGAGGGAGAGGGAGGGGAGAGAGAGA